AUGAAAAGUGUCGCAGCGAUGUUAAAGCCGUUAGUCGUAGCAUUGGUCGCCGGCGUCUCGCUGGCGGUGCCCUCACCAGACCUUCUGGACUCUGAUGUUACCAUUCUGAGCGACAAUGAUCUCCAAGGACCCGGUGGACCAUGCAGUGCGUUUGGCGCUCUCUACGUCUCCCGUGAACAAUCUCAAGAAUCUGCAAUAGUUUCUUGCGAAGCCCUAGGAGAGCAGCUAUGGUCUCCAGGUACACACAACCGGGCAGCCAACAUCCUAGGAGAGCAUCUCAAAUCCGUGAAGCAAAAUCAAGCAUGGAUUUUUGCAAAAGACAAUAAACCUCGUGCAAUGGAUAAGUCUGGUGGCUUUAUGACACCAAAAUCGUCCGCUAAGCUUCCAGUGCUUUGUACACAGACAGCACCUUACUCGAACGCCACUUCUGCGGACGUGGGUCAAGAUUGGCAAAUCCAGGUUGAGUCGAACAAUGAAACAGUCACGGGCUUCCGAGAUCGGUUGACCUUUCGAUUUCGAGGCAUCCGCUUCGCACCGCAGCCAAAACGAUUUACCUACCCAACGCUUUAUAGUGGCUCAGGUGAAGUCGUUCCUGCACUGAAGUAUGGGCCGCAAUGUAUUCAAGUCAGCGGCGGUUCAGAAGAUUGCCUCUUUCUGAACAUCUGGACACCUUCCUUGCCAUCACCAAGCAACACCUACAAAUCCAAAAAGCUCAAACCCGUUCUCUUCUGGAUAUACGGUGGCGGCUUUACCGAGAACUCAGCUGCUGACCCUAACUUCGAUGGUGGGAAUAUGGCAUCCCGUGGAGAUGUAGUCAUGGUUGCACCCAAUUACCGAGUUGGCGCUUUUGGAUUUCUCGCCCUGAAAGACGGAACCACAAACGGCAAUUUCGGGAUCGCGGAUCAAAUCCUCGCCUUGAACUGGGUAAGAAAACAUAUCCAAGAUUUUGGCGGCGAUCCCGAACACAUCACGAUCGUUGGUCAAUCAUCUGGGGGAGCCUCAGUACGAGCACUCAUGGCAUCCCCACUCACAGCUGGCAAGUUUGUAGGUGCCAUAGCGAUGAGCACACCUGGCACGCCAGGCUUUUCAGAAUAUUAUACGAUCGACGAGUCAGUCGAAGUAGCAGGCAACAGUAUACUAGCCGCCGCGAAUUGCACAAAUGCACCAUCUCAAGUUGAAUGCCUGCGAGCGAUCGAUGCCACAACUCUCGUCCCAAUAGGCAUGCCAGCCAACCAUCUCGUAGUCGACGGCACCUAUCUCACCACAAAACACCUCCAACUAACCAAAGGCACCAAAGCCCCCUACCGAUUCAUGACAGGUCUACCUCGCGAGGACGGCGCGCCAUUCCUCACCUACCCACCCAACAUCACAGCCGCGGACCAGUCGUCAUGGAUCACAAGUCAAGGUCUACCCAACCCCCCAACCACCCUCUUCCCCUUGCCAAACAUCCAGAACCAAACGUUAGCAGUCUACCAAGUCGGCGCACGCCUCAUGACAGACCUCUCUUUCCGCUGCAUGAACCAAGCGACUGCGUACGCCGGCGUCAUAAACCGCGUCUUCUCCUCCGUCCACUUCUUCGAAUUCGACCGUUCCUACCAAACGCCCGACUGGCCGCACCUGGAUCUCUGCGAAGCACCCAGAUCACCCGCCCAUCCACUCGGCGACCCGAACGCCGCGUUUGAUAAUUUCCACUGUCAUUCCGGGCAGCUGUUGUGGAUUUUCGGGAAUAUACGACGAUUCGGAUUGCCUUAUCGUGAUGAGGUGGGGGAUAGGGAGUUUGAGGCGAGUGUGUUGGAUAGGUGGGCUGCGUUUGUGAGGGGGGAGAAGCCGGGGGAGAAUUGGAAGGAGGUGAAGAGUGGGAGGAUGGAGAUGAUGAGUCUGAAGUGGCCGGAGAGUGAGAUGGUUGGGUUUAGGGAUCUGGAGCAGUGUGGGUGGUUGGCUUUGCCGAUUGAUUAUUUGUCUCAUUGA